CCUCCUCCACCAGAUUACUUUUCAUCUCACACAAUUCUUGCUGCUCGAAAUGGAGAUGUUGAUAGCAUCAACAAGGAAGUGUUGGGACAGAUGAGAGGCGCAGAAAGGACCUACUUCAGUGCUGAUAGCAUCAUCCAUGAAGAGGAUACAGUUGGUGAUGCACAGCAGAAUGACUACCCAGUCGAGUUUUUGCGAUCCCUCAGUUCUUCUGGUUUGCCUCCUGGUGAGCUGUCUUUGAAGAUU